AAACCAAUAAAUGCUCACAAUGCGGAACCAUAGACGUCAGUCUGCGAACAAGAUAAAAAGGUAUUUAGCAAGAGAUCAGGCCGCUCUUAUAGAUCAGCGGGCUAAAAUUAGACCUGGUCCAUGAGGUUUAAACGCUGCCAACACUUUCACCGUUUGUUGUUGUUAUAUCUGCAACGGUUUACAGUCGAAGCUUAGGACCCCGUUCGAUUAGCAUAAUGUCAGGAAAAUGAAAAGCCAUUGGUGACAACUAACUGGAUUAAGGAAUCUUGAAUGAGGAGCUGCCCGGAGUGUAACCAACGGUGAUGUGAGAAGGAUUUCCCUUUGUCGGUUCUGUGCCUGUGCUUUCCUGGCCUUCCAGCUAAUCCUCAGCUAUUCUCACCAACGACCUUGGGCUCAUGCUAAUCUGACCAGAGAGAGAGAGAGAGAGAGGGGGAGAAAGUCUACCUUUAAACCUUCAGAGGCUGAUUCUGCUCAUGUUAUGGGGAGUUUGGAUGAAGAACAGCGUCUGUCUGGUGCUUGCGGUUGCUCAGGUAUGAACGGCCUCGUGUGCAGCAGUCAUGCUCUGUGAGGAGUCUUCAGCUGGGCUCAAGGCUGCUCUGGAUUCUCUGGAUACUGAGACCUCCACAGGUCCUGUGCAGGAAGCCAUUCACAGGAGCACGUAUGUGUCCUCUGUGAUCCCUGCACAUGUGGGCAUCAGUCUGAACAGCGAGGAGCCGUUCUGUCGUAUCUGUCAUGAAGGCAGCAGUGCGGGCGAUCUGUUAUCACCCUGUGAGUGUGCGGGGUCUCUGGCGAUGGUGCACCGUGUUUGUUUGGAGCACUGGCUCACGGCCUCCGGCACCAGCCACUGUGAGCUCUGCCACUUCGAGUUCGCUCUGGAGAGACUUCCUAAACCACUCACUGAGUGGUUCACUACACCGUCCAUGCAGCACCAGAGGCGGACACUGUGUGGGGACGCGAUCUGUUUCCUGCUCAUCACACCAUUAGCCAGUCUGUCGGGAUGGCUGUGUGUGCAGGGAGCCAUGGAUCUGUACUACAGCAACAGCAUGGAGGCCAUCGGACUCAUAGUUCUCACACUGACACUCUUCACUAUUUACCUCUUCUGGACUGUUGUAUCCCUCCGUUACCACGUUCAUCUUUUCAGGACGUGGAAUGCGACGAAUCCCAGCGUCCGGCUGCAGAUUCCCCGCCCUGUGAAGACACAGCAGAAACAAAAACAUCUAACGAUGCACUUCUUGUGCAAAAACAAUAAAAAGGAGACCAUGGUGUAAUGCCGGCGACAGCUUCAGGAAUAAAAAAAAGCCCAACGGUUAUUUCAGACACCCUGAUUUCAUGAUGUCUUGAUUUUGUGUGAAGCCCUGAUUUAGAGUCACACUCCGAUUUGGAGAGACAUUCUGAUUUGGGAUUCAUACACUGAAUUGAAGCGAUGCCCUAAUU